GUCACUUCUCAAGAAUCUGGAACCAAACCAUUGACCUUCACAUUCAUACCAUCCAUUGGAAGACUUCCAACUCAUUUUGAGGUUGUAGAUAUCUCUAAGUUCCUUGUGACAAUUCCAGAGGAGCCAAAGGAUCUGAGCAAACAAGAAAUAAUAAAUAAGUCGAACACAGUCUCUGAUGAGCUGGCCUUAAAGAGCGGGGCCAGACAAGACUGUGUGUCCACCGUCCAUACAGACAGUACCGGAACGGCUUUCCAGUCCCUGGGGCAUAACUCUAGCAAAGGAGAAAUGCAGGAGAAUGACCUUUUUAAGGCUGAGUUUAUCCUGAUUACGGACUCUGGUGAUGAAGAUGAAGUAGUCGCUGCCUCAAAUGACACUCAUCGGACUCCCAAUGGCUACGGUCCCAUCAGUGCUCAGCUGCUGGCCACAUCCCACGUUUCCCCUGACAGUGGGGCAGGGAAACCUCCUGGUGAUGGACACAUUCCAGGUGCUGCGCUUUCCCACAGCACUGCUGAUCUGCAGAAACGUCAGCAGUACAAGAUCAAGACAAGCUACAAGGCAUUUGCAGCAAUCCCUACAAACACAUUACUUAUGGAACAGAAGGCAUUAGAAGAGCCAAUCAAGACUGCUAGUGUGACUGAAGGCACUGCUCUGGACACCCAUUCAGAGAUGUGCUCCCCUGCCCAGCUCAGACAACAAACAGAAGAGCUAUGUGCUGUCAUUGAUCAAGUCCUGCAGGACCCAUUGACGAUGCGUCGAUGUGAAUCUUCUCCAAGUUUUCUGCAGAUGAGCAUGGAGUCAGAUGUUGGCAAGGUGUCAGCAACACUGCAGAGAGCAGCUGGGCGUGAAACCAGAUAUGCCAACCUUUACAAAUCGGCACCUGUGGUAACAGAGAGCCAGCUG